ACGAUGGUCGCGCAAGAAUGUAAUAGGGCCUCGGCGGCCGCCAUCUUCUUUCUUUCUUCCCAGCGGCCGGGGCAGCGAGCGUGAGCGGCGGUCGCGGCGGCCCCAGCACCCGUAGCCAUGGCAGAUUAUUCCACCGUUCCCCCUCCCGCCUCGGGCGCCGCCGGGGGAGGCGGAGGGGGAGGCGGCGGGGUCAACGACGCCUUCAAAGACGCGCUGCAGAGAGCCCGGCAGAUUGCAGCCAAAAUUGGAGGUGAUGCAGGGACAUCACUAAAUUCAAAUGACUAUGGUUAUGGAGGACAAAAGAGACCUUUGGAGGAUGGAGAUGGCUCUUGGACAAGUCCGAGCAGUACAACACACUGGGAGGGAAUGCCCUCUCCUUUUAAAGAUCAACCAGAUGCUAAGAAAGUUGCACCUCAGAAUGACUCCUUUGGAACGCAACUACCACCACCAAUGCACCAGCAACAAAGAUCAGUAAUGACAGAGGAGUAUAAAGUUCCGGAUGGAAUGGUGGGAUUUAUAAUUGGCAGAGGAGGUGAACAGAUCUCACGUAUACAACAAGAAUCUGGAUGCAAAAUACAGAUAGCUCCUGAUAGUGGAGGACUACCUGAAAGAUCUUGUAUGUUAACUGGAACACCUGAAUCUGUACAAUCGGCAAAACGGUUACUCGACCAGAUUGUUGAAAAAGGAAGACCUGCGCCUGGUUUUCAUCAUGGAGAUGGACCGGGAAAUUCAGUCCAAGAAAUCAUGAUUCCCGCUAGUAAAGCUGGAUUAGUUAUUGGAAAGGGUGGCGAAACUAUUAAACAACUUCAGGAACGCGCCGGAGUCAAGAUGGUCAUGAUUCAGGAUGGACCACAGAACACUGGUGCUGACAAACCUCUUCGGAUUACAGGAGACCCUUAUAAAGUUCAGCAAGCCAAGGAAAUGGUAUUGGAGUUAAUCCGUGAUCAAGGUGGUUUUAGGGAAGUGCGAAAUGAAUAUGGAUCAAGAAUUGGAGGAAACGAAGGCAUAGAUGUCCCCAUUCCACGAUUUGCUGUUGGCAUUGUAAUAGGAAGAAAUGGGGAAAUGAUCAAGAAAAUACAAAAUGAUGCUGGUGUAAGAAUUCAGUUUAAACCAGACGAUGGAACAACUCCGGAUAGAAUAGCACAAAUUACGGGACCGCCGGACAGAUGUCAGCAUGCUGCAGAGAUUAUCACAGACCUCCUUCGAAGUGUUCAGGCUGGUAAUCCCGGUGGACCAGGACCUGGUGGUCGAGGAAGAGGUAGAGGUCAAGGCAACUGGAACAUGGGACCACCUGGUGGACUACAGGAAUUUAAUUUUAUUGUACCAACUGGAAAAACUGGAUUGAUAAUAGGAAAAGGUGGUGAAACUAUAAAAAGCAUAAGCCAACAGUCUGGUGCUCGAAUAGAGCUACAGAGAAAUCCUCCUCCAAAUGCAGAUCCUAAUAUGAAGUUAUUUACCAUCCGUGGAACACCCCAACAGAUUGACUAUGCUCGGCAGCUCAUAGAAGAAAAGAUUGGUGUGAGUAUACAAAAGGGUCCAGUCAACCCUCUGGGUCCACCUGUUCCCCAUGGACCCCAUGGUGUUCCAGGACCUCAUGGGCCCCCAGGCCCUCCUGGCCCAGGAAAUCCAAUGGGUCCCUACAAUCCUGCUCCUUACAACCCCGGCCCUCCAGGACCUGCUCCUCAUGGUCCUCCAGCUCCCUAUGCCCCACAAGGGUGGGGAAAUGCUUAUCCACACUGGCAGCAACAGAAUCCUCCUGAUCCAGGUAAGCUGUGGGACUGUCCUCUACAGCCACCACCAGCGAAACCAGGAACUGACCCAAAUUCGGCAGCUUGGGCAGCUUAUUAUGCUCACUAUUAUCAGCAGCAAGCACAACCACCACCCGCAGCACCAACUGGUGCCCCAAAUACAGCUCAAACUAAUGGACAAGGAGACCAGCAAAAUCCCGCUCCAACUGGACAGGUUGAUUAUACCAAGGCUUGGGAAGAAUACUACAAGAAAAUGGGUCAACAGGGGCAGACACAAGAUUAUUCAAAGGCUUGGGAGGAGUAUUACAAGAAGCAAGGGCAAGCGGUUCCAGCCCCCACCGGGGCACCUCCUGGAGGCCAGCCAGAUUACAGUGCAGCAUGGGCUGAGUACUAUCGACAACAGGCGGCCUACUAUGCCCAGACAAGUCCACAGGGAAUGCCACAGCACCCACCAGCACCCCAGGGCCAAUAAUAAGAAGUGGACAAUACAGUAUUUGCUUCAUUGUGUGGGGGAAAAAAAACCUUUGUUAAAUGUAUGGAUGCAGACGCCUUGAUGAAGAUCUUAAUUUUGUUUUGGUUUAAAAAAAAAAUAGUGGUUUUUUUUUUUUUUUUGAAUAUGUACAAAAUAUCUAUCACUACUGAUAGGAGGUAAUAUUUCUGUGUAGAAAUGAAAAUUGGUUUGUUUUUAGUAUCUUAGUGUAGAUGUACACAUUCCAGCAAAUGUAUUUGCAACUAUUAUGUGGUCAAUGCUUUGUGAUAUAAAUGUACUUUUUCAAUGUAUACUUUAUCACUUUUAAAAUGCCUGUUUUGUGCUUUACAAUAAAUAAUAUGAAACCUCCUGUGUCGGUAAGUUGGAUAUGUGGGUAUUUGAAGGAAUCAGAAAUGUAUUAGCAGUAAUGAGCAAUGGUACAUAUACACAAAUAGAUUUCCCCUUGAAGUAAUAAUCUUUUAAAACUUAAAAUCAUUGGCAUGUUUUUUCCCCCUUGCAGUAUAGUGGUAGAUGGCGAGGAUCUUUUCCAUUUAUUGUUUUUGGCUGACCGGCACAAGUAAUCUUGAUAUCUUUAUUUUCCUUCAGUUUGAUUAAAAAGCUGCAUGUGUGUACGGUGAUCUUUUGGCAUACUUCCAUUUGCAUUAACAGUGAAAUUUCCUUUUAAACAUGACCACUGUUUGAGACCUGUACAGCUGCUAUAACAGUUAACCUUUCUGUUCUUAAUUUGAUCAUUACUUGACUUCCAAGACUGUUUCAGCAUAACUGACUUUAAAGAUUUUUCAGAUAGUCUAUUGAGUAGCUAAUCAGAACAGCUUUGAGUUUUUUAAAGCAAAGCUUUUAAGUAUGCCAUGUGCAGAUAGAGUGUUUCUAAAUUGAGUUUAGGCUGGUGAGUGGUGUGCUUUUUAGUUAGAAAAAUUGCAUCUGUCAUUGAAACAUUCUGUUGGGAUAUGGGGAUGGGUUGGAGCAGAUUUUUUUGCAGUACAGUGAAGCCGUGUUUUAAAAAUGCACAAGUCCAAGCAUUGAUUCAGUUACUUUUUUGAUGUACUUGAAGUCAUUUUAUUAUUCUAACACUUCAUGCUGAAAUUCUGGUAUUUUGUUGAAAUCCAUUGUUCUUUGCAUAUUUGUUGGCUUUUUGCAUAUAUUCUAGUAGAUUACAUGCAAAUACAGUCUGUCUUGCCAUUGUCUGUUGGAGUGCAGGUUUGAUCCAGCCAGUAUAGAACUAGCUCUGUAGGGAUGAGGAGGACUGUGCUGUGUAUCAUCCUUGAAUGUGUUCCUUCAAGGAGCAUUGCACUGUAAGUACAUCAGAAUGACAAAUUGAUGAACUGCAACAGUAUCUUUUUGUCAAUGUUCCACAUAAUGCAAAUGCCAUACCUUGUGUGAAUAUUAUGUUGGAAUACAGUGCUGAUAACUUUUGGGAAAUUAUAACUGCUUCUUAAUUUAACAUAGGUAACGUAGGUGUGACUAUCUAAAAUAUGUGAGUUUAAUGGGUAAGUAUUUUUGAAAUGCUUAGCUGUAGCUAAAGAAAACAUAUACCUUUUCAAAAGCUAUGUAGUAUGUCCCUUGGUGCUCCUAGGAAAGGUCAUGUUUUUUCAGUGUGAAAAUAUGAUAUCUUGUGUUAAUAUGAAAGUCCUGGGAACUGUUUUGUCAGCCAGUUGUUUUCUGCUUGCAGACUUUAUGCCAUAUAGGUAUUUCAUUUUUUAAACCCGUAUUAGCCCUUUUGGUGGGAAAGCGUCCUUUGAGCGUAUUAAGGAGUUAUGACAGGGAGGCGAUAUUUUAAGAGGUCCCCUUCAGGCUGGAAGAUAGCAUAGUGGAUUUCUUGGUUUAUUAGAAAUGUAUCUAUCUGAUUGUAUCGUAGAGGAGUAAAUUCACUCCCUUUAGUUUGGGAUCUAUAACGCUAGCUUGAAACUGAAGUAGCUAGGAGGGUACUUAAUUUCUUUAGGUUAGGCUGUUAAGGUAAACAGUUCAGAUAUUUUGCAUGACACUGUUUUAUAGAUAAUCUUUUAGGAGAGUGCUGCAUUUAAUUACUCUGAAAAACAUCAAUUCAGUUGAAUUCUCUUUCAUAAUUCACAAAAUGGAGGCUGUUGAUUUUAUUCGUUUGAGGUUUAAAAUCUUUAUUAAUUGCAAACAGUGCAAUUAUUUAUACUUCACAGUGCCUUCCCAGAUCUUCCACCUUAGGUUCUGCUGCAAAAAGCAACAGGUAAGCACAACCUAAGGAAGUAUAUAAAUACAUAUUUCAGUACAUUAAUGUUGUCCCUGUGAGGUUUCUGUGGUUGUGUAUUCAAGAGCAAUCUGCUUACUGCUUCCCAAAAUGUAUUUGUUCUCUUAUGGUUCCAUUUCAGUGGAAAGUUUGUAAGUUGUUUAUACAACUGUUUACAUUUCUGGGUAAAUGUUUUCAUUUUUUUAAUUUAAAAAAAAAAAAAGAUGAGAGGAUUGCUGCAGUAAGUGAAUUCUGUCCAAAUCUUUUUGUUAGAUUUUUCUCAAAAUGGCAGAAUUGUUGCAUUUAAGAAUGGACAAUUAAAAUUUUGCAGCUGCAGGAAAUACUUGUUUAGAAACUUCAACAGCCUUCACAAAACGUUUUUAUAAUAGGACAUUUCUCCUCUCCUUUCCCCCAAGAACUAUUAUGGAUUCUGCAUAUUGCUUAUUCUUGAACUAUAGUAAUUCAGUAAGAAGUUAAUCAGUUUUAGUACGGUUUAUAAAUUUAGCAUGCAUAUCCAUUUGAUACGGCAGGGGAAAAACUUCAGCUACAGGCUACUGGUAGUAUGGUUUUAAUGGAAAGCAUGUGCACCAGCGAAAUGUUAACUGUAUAGCAAUCAGUUUUGGUUUUUUUUUGUUUUUGUUUUUUUAAUCUGUAAUAUUUUAACUGACUUGCUGCAUUUAAAUUUUUGGUUUUGGUUUUUUGCUAGUUUAAAAUGUUUGUGUGUUUAGUUUUUUAACUGAUAGAGCCUUUUGAUUAAGUACUAAAGCAGCAUCAUUAUCAGUUUCUGUUUAUUCAGUUUAUAAAAUGUGCUGAUCCUUUUCAAAAGUUCUGCUUAAAGAAAAAAUUCAAAAAUACUGCCUUCAUUUUCAUACACAGUGCUGAAGAUGCUGCAAGCACCAAAUCAUAGCUCAUAGAAUCAGGUCCUGAGAUAGUUACUGCCCAUAAAGAGGAAUCCUUUGAGUGUAUGCCAUUGGUGAGCCGAUGAGCAUGGACCAUAGAAGGGCUCCAUGUAGAAGGUAAAAUUGGCAAAACAUAAUGGAGAAAUGAAAUGUAUUCCCAUACAAUAAUGAACAUAAUGAUUUAGGGUUAUAUGUUCCUGUCUGAUCACUUUUCAUUUUUAAAGUGCUAUUCACUUGAUCAUAAAUGUUCUGUGAACUGUUCAAUUUCUUAAAUUAUGUAGCUGCUACACCACCUGUCUUUAUCUGCAUUUUCUAAAAGACAAGCAUAGAUAUAUGCUUAUAAGUUUUUUUUAAAAGCUACGAAGCUCUUUAAAAUCCUUGAGCCAAAAAAUUUUGAUGAGUUGUAGUUUGUAUUUUUUAAACAGAAGAAAAUAUAGAUAUGUGCUCAUAGGUAUGACAUUCAAAGCUUGUUUCGGGGUGGUUGGGAUUGUUUCUCUCUGUUUUUUUGUUUUUUUGUGUUUUAAUCAUAAGCAUAAACUGAUACCAGCAUUUUUGGCACUGAUUUUACAGUGAAAUAAAUGGAAAACAGAAAAGGUGAGCCAGUUCAUUUGACUGCAAUGGAUGCUAGGAGUGUUGGGAAGAGAUGCUUAGACUAGUUUGUGACAUUACAUUGAUUUAUGCAGUCUCGAAAGAAUUCAGGGAAUGCUUGUUUUUCUCUCAGCCCUCUUCAGUAUAGAUGACGGCAGUAAAUCGCUUGGUUCUGAAUUUUUAAUUAAAAUAGUACUUGUCACUCAUGAACCUCUGUCUUUUGAAUUGUUGGGCCAAGUAGAAAAUGUUCAGAACUCUAGUGUUGAGGCAUUUAGAACUUUUCGUUUGUGUAGGGUAUGGGAGAUGUCUAACCUAGAAUGACUGUAGAAUUUGAAGUUUAGGGAGUAAUUUCGUGACUAGGUACACAUCCAUGGAAAUGAUAAAAACUUUGCUUUUCCAAGUCCAGUGGCUUUUAUUGUCACACUGAUUUUUAAGGGAGGGUGGAGAGAAGAGGUUUAUAAAUUGGAACUUGGCAAAAGCAACACUAGCUAGGGUUUGACUUGCUUUAGUGAUACACCUAUAAAACUCUUAAAUGUUUGCACAUAUAUAUAUAUAUAUUUUUCUUGUGUGCUCGAUGCAUUUUCGUCCUGAGAAAAGUGUUCUCUACAGAAACUACCCGUGUGUAAAAAGAAGAUUGGCUUUAAAAGGCUACUGUGAUGGAAACAGUGUCUUAGGGAGAUGCAGCUUGGACUUGAGGUAAAUUGAAUGCUUUACAAACCGUGGUUUAGAGCUUGCUAAAGUGACAUUAUGAUAAGGGUGCCCAUUACUGUAGUUUUGUAUUGCUCAUGGUUUUCUCAAUAAAUGUAAACUAAUGCA